AUGAAGUGCCUCCUGCUUGCUCUGAGCCUGGCCCUCGUCUGUGGCGUGCAGGCCAUCGAUGUGCUUGAGAUCAUGAAGCAUCUGGACAUCCAGAAGUUGGCAGGGACAUGGCACUCCAUGGCUAUGGCAGCCAGCACCUCCUCCCUCCUGGAGGUCCAGAGCAGCUCCCUGCGAGUGUUCAUCUCAGCGCUGAGGCCCACCCUCGAGGGCAACCUGGAAAUCUUCCUGCAAGCAUGGGAGGACAACAGGUGCGUUGAGAAGAGGAUCUUUGCAGAGAAAACUGAGAGUCUGGAGAAUUUCCAGAUCAACUAUCUGGGGGAGAACAGGCUCAUGUUCCUGGACACUGACUAUGAUGACCACUUGUUUUUCUGCAUGGAGAAUAUCGCUGCCCCCUCACAGAGCCUGGUGUGCCAGUACCUGGCAAGGACCCUGAGGGUGGACGAGCAGGUCAUGGAGAGGUUCAGCAACGCCGUCAAGACUCUGUCCGUGCCGAUGCCCAUCUUCCUGGAUGUGACCCGGGGGGGCGCUCUCCCCAGGCCUCCAGGGGGUGAAGAGGCACCAUGA